GUUAAAAGGAAAGUUUCCUUGAUGAGUUUAUCUGUGACGACGAUAGGGAAACCUGCCCGCGAGACUGUCACUGCAUACAGACGUUUGAGGCAAUGACAGCGUUCACCGGAGCUGUGCCGUAGACUGGAAGGUUUACCUAAUGUUGUGGCUGGUGAGCGUGUACACAUACCACCCAUCCUAGUACAACAACAGCUCAUGGUUGAGACGCACAAUCGUCUGACCCAACGGCUCCCCAGUGACCCCCAGACCUGUCAGAGAUAUGGGACCCAUACCCUUUCACCUUUCAGCAGUCCCUGUUCUCCCCCUCUUGGUUCUUCUCAUGUCCAACCCUUGCACCUCCUUCAGGCCUCGAGUGGUUGAACCAGCAUCAGGCACUCAACAGCCCCAGCGCUUGACUAAUGUCACAGGAUCUGAAAAGCGGACUUGUGCAGGCCAUGUAGAGUGUAAACCUGGUAUACUGUUGCCAGUGUGGUUGCCACUGAAUCCUCCACAUGGGGAGAGGGCAGGGAGAGCCGUCAUCUACUUCCUAUGUCUCAUGUACAUUUUCCUGGGAGUAUCCAUCAUUGCAGACCGCUUUAUGGCCUCCAUCGAAGUAAUUACCUCUCAGGUGAAAGAGAUAACCAUUACCAAACCCAACGGAGAGACAACAGUGACCACAGUGCGAAUCUGGAACGAGACUGUUUCCAAUCUUACUCUCAUGGCUCUGGGGUCUUCUGCUCCUGAAAUUUUACUUUCUGUCAUUGAGGUGUGUGGGCAUAACUUUCAUGCAGGUGAGCUCGGCCCAGGCACCAUUGUUGGAAGCGCUGCUUUCAAUAUGUUUGUUAUUAUUGGCAUAUGUGUUUGGGUGGUUCCUGAUGGAGAGUCUCGCAAGAUCAAACACCUGCGAGUAUUUUUUAUCACAUCUUUCUGGAGUAUUUUUGCCUACAUUUGGCUCUAUGUCAUAUUAGCUGUCAUAUCGCCUGGAAUCGUAGAGGUGUGGGAAGCCACAGUGACACUGCUUUAUUUUCCGGUGUUUGUGUUACUGGCUUGGAUCGCUGACCGUCGUUUGCUCUUUUACAAAUACCUGCACAAACGUUACCGUGCUGACAAAAGACAUGGUAUUGUGGUGGAAAUGGAAGGUGAUGACAUACCCAAAGGUCAUGAUAUUAUCAUGGAUGGAAAGAACUCAGAUGGAAUUUCGUGCCCUAGAAACUGCUCUAGCGUGACCGUGUCUGUACAAACACCAAGUGAGAUGGACCAGAACCAAGAUGAGGUGGUUCGUAAACUGAAAGACCUGCGGGAUAAACACCCAGACAAAAACCUGGACCAGCUUAUUGAAUUGGCAAACUACUCCACUUUGGUUCAACAGAAGAAGAGUCGAGCUUUUUACCGUGUCCAGGCAACUCGUUUGUUAAUAGGUGCAGGAAACCUACUAAGGAAACAUGCUGCUAGAAACUCUUGCCGUAGAGGUGCUGCAAGUCCAGGGGAUGACAAACUUAGAUGCUCUCAUAUUUGUUUUGAGAGCGCACAGUAUCUAUGCACGGAAAACUGUGGUUCUUUGAGCCUCUGGGUGAUUCUUGAUGGGGGCUCUGGCCAGGAUACCUUUUAUGUGGACUACCUUACAGAAAAUGGUUCAGCCAACGCUGGGGCAGAUUUUGAGUUUAGUGAAGGCACCCUGACAUUUAAGCCAGGAGAGACUCGAAAAGAGAUCAAGGUGAACAUUUUGGAUGACGACAUCUUUGAAGAAGACGAACAUUUCUUUGUCCGCCUUCAAAAUCUGAGGUUAGAAGAGGGUGGUGAUGAAGGGGCAGGAAGUUUACCCAAGGGCAGACUAGUGGAGCCAUUGGUUGCCACUGUCACAAUCUUGGAUGAUGACCAUGCUGGCAUCUUCACCUUUGGUCAAGGGGUUUUGCGGGUGAGUGAGAGCACCGGCACACUGACGGUGACAGUGGUGAGGAACUCAGGCUCCAGAGGUACCGUUUCUGUACCGUAUCACACAGUGGACGGCAGUGCCAAAUCUGGAGUGGACUACGAGCAGGUCAAGGGUGAGCUGGAAUUUAGCAAUGAACAAACCAGCCACACUUUAAAAGUUCACAUUCUAAAUGUGAAGGAGUAUGAAAAACAGGAGAACUUCUAUAUCGUGCUUGAAGAGCCUAAAUGGUUAAAACGCGGACUCUCUGCAUUACUGCUCAAUCAGGGCCAUCCCACACCUGAAGAGGAAGAAGCCAGGAGAAUCUCUGAAAUGGGCAAGCCCAUUCUAGGAGAACACAGCAGAAUAGAGAUAAUCAUAGAAGAGUCCUGUGAGUUUAAGAAUACCGUGGAUAAACUCCUUAAAGAUACAAAUCUGGCAGCUGUGAUUGGAUCUCGUUCAUGGAGGGAGCAGUUCAUUGAAGCUGUCACAGUCAGCGCAGGGGAUAGAGAUGAUGAGGGACAAGAUCAGCCAAUGCCGAACUGCUUUGACUAUUUCAUGCAUAUUUUGAGCAUUUUUUGGAAGAUUCUCUUUGCUUGUGUCCCACCAACUGAGUACUGGAAUGGAUGGGCUUGUUUUGUCGUGUCAAUAUCGGUUAUUGGGAUAUUAACAGCCAUUAUUGGAGACCUUGCGUCCCAUUUCGGCUGCACAGUUGGCUUGAGAGACACUGUCACUGCGGUGGUAUUUGUGGCCCUGGGUACUUCACUUCCUGAUACCUUUGCCAGUAAAGUGGCUGCAAUUCAGGACCAAUAUGCAGACGCAUCAGUCGGAAACGUAACUGGAAGCAAUGCUGUCAAUGUGUUCUUAGGUAUUGGUGUAGCUUGGUCUGUGGCUGCAAUCUAUUGGGAAGUCCAAGGGGGAGUUUUUCGAGUGGAUGUUGGCUCACUGGCCUUCUCGGUCACACUCUUCACCAUUUUUGCCUUCUUCACAAUGGGAGUGUUGAUGAUCCGCCGAAAGCCUUCUAUUGGCGGUGAAUUGGGAGGCCAACGGAUCCCUAAAAUGCUAACAUCACUAAUUCUCUUAGGACUGUGGUUCCUUUACAUUCUGUUCUCUAGUUUGGAGGCCUACUGCCAUAUAAAAGGCUUCUGAGAAAACAUAUUCUGGGACAGUAAUUGCACAAUGAUAGAGUAUUCUUUCGGAAAGAAUGAAUUGCUCCUUCUGCCAUGCUAUAAAAUAACACGCUUGGACGUGUAUGUUUGCAUGUUACGUGCAGAAGAAUUGAUUGUAUUAGUACUGAGCAGUCAAUAAACUCAAUAGCUACAGUGUUAAUUUAAACAGAAGGAAAUAGUGGACGUUUAUUUUUUUUUUGUCAAAAUGAAUUUCACACUGACUUCAUAAUCCUGUAUGUUUCAAACUAUAGUAGAUUUCUUUUUAAUCCUUAUGUUUAUUGUGCUUAUAAAGAUGAAGGUUUAUACUUUGUACGAUUAUUUUCCAAUAGGCCAAGGCACUUGCAAGGCAAGGCAUUUGAAAGACUCUCAAGGCUGCCUCCCUCAGAAAACUGACUCAGAAAUUGGAUAUAUAUCUGGUAAGACUAUAUGUUGCUGACGUUAUGUAGCAUUGAUAGUUGAACAAAGAUAUAUUAUUUGUUGUAAAUUAGUUAAACAGGAAAAUAACAGUGUGUGUGGGGAGUGGGGGGGUCAAUUGCGGCCCACUGUUCAGUGUCCCCCCCCCCACUUGACACCUAAGUUAAGAGUUUUUGUGUGGCCUGAAGUUUGUUUGUUUGUCUUUUUAAAUGACUUACAAUACAAGCUAGCAUAGUGAAAGUUCAUGACAUGAAUUUUAGCAAAAGUCAAUAGACAACAGGCACUUGAUUACAACAUGAUUCCAACAUGACAGCAGGUAGAAUGAAAAUAUAUCAUGUCACACAGUCAAAUCUUUCUCAUAACAACCCCAGGAAGAGAAAGGAAACAAGAAAAGUGGAAGACAAAAUGUUUUUUCAGUUGAGUACCAGGGCAUCCCAAUCCCGGUGUGUAUUAUUUUAAAUCGGAGGUGGGUAGUACGCCUUACAUUUGCUUUGUUACAUUUACAUGAGUAAGUUUUUGAGAUUAAUUUGUAAGAGUGGUCAUAGACUUCAUAAUAUAUUGACGGGGCGCGGGGCCGAUUAAUAGGGGGCCUUCUUUGUUGGCGUGGUCGUCAAAGCUGACCGAGUGGAAUCACAGACAAAGAGGUUUUUCCGUUAAAAAUCUUGUGAAUAAAUGUUUAAAUCCCUCUUAAUAGAUAUGGACGUAAAACAGUCUCGAUUAUUGGUUAAAAGCAAAAAAAAAAAAAAAAAAACGUGCAGUUAGCAUUUAUUUUACAAAGUAUGCUGCUAGUCAGUAAGCAAAUGUAGCGGCCGCCUUAUGAAAACAAAGAAGUUUUUCCGUUAAAGUCUUGUGAAUAAAUGCUUAAAUCCCUGAAUUCUUUAUAGAGAUGGAUGUAAAACAGUCACGAUUCUUGGUUAAAAGCAAAAAAAAAAAAAGUGCAGUUAGCAUUUAUUUUACUUAAAUAUCGCGAACUAUGACACCAAUGCGGUAGCGGCUAAUUUCUCCCAUUGAUUUUUUUCACAACGUUUCAAAAUGCAUCCAUGGUAAGAUAAAUAUAAUAAUUACCUUGAAUCCUCGAACAAAUCACAGACAAUCCUUCCUGUUUGUAUGAGGUACAGCUUUCGUACCUUUUCAACCUAAAUCCGGCGUUGGAUCUUUGCAUGUGUUUUGAGCAUAACUGCGACCGACUUCGACCCACUGAAGCGAAGUGUAGGAUGGCCCCCUACUUGAAGGCGUGGCGCAGUGUCUGGGGAAUGUGUCCCGUCAAUAUAAUUAUGAAGUCUCUGGAGUAGUUUUAGCACACCAUACCAUCUACUUUUCUUUGAGUAGAUUUGUGAAGAAGAAAUGCUACCCUAACUCUGCUACUUUGGGCUACACAAGAGUCGCUACAUUUACCUCUUUAUUCUACAUAUUAGAUGUUGCGUUAUUUUUGCCAGAAAUGCCACAGUGGCUCGACCAAUUUCAUCAAUGAGACGUCUUAACAAUAAUCACAUGACUCCAUUAUGCCAGUCAGAUGUCAACAUGCAGUCACAUGACCCCUCGCAAGCUUGCAGUUAGAGGUCCAUUGAUCACGUGGGCCAUUUCAAUCACUUGCACGUUAUAAAAAAUGAACUGUUUGAUAUAGAGAGCUGCUGUUAACAUAAUUUUCGUCUUAGUCUUUUGGAUGAAAAUACUUAUUAUUCUUAAUCAUAUUUUAGUCAUUUCAAAAUGUGUUCGUCUUCGUCUUGUUUUAGUGAACGACAAAUUUCAAUUUUUAGUCGACAAUUCUCAAAAUGUUUUCGCCUAUAAACUUCAAAAGUUUUAGUCUAUGAAUAAAUAAAUAAAAGCUUUCCAACAAUUUCGAAUGAACAUAACUGGAGUCUACAAGGACAUCACCAUUUUCAUUAUGGUAAUACACACUCAGCAGGAAAACCACAUUAUUUGCAAUUAAUUAAACUCACCUGGACUCCAUGAACUGUAUGUAAAAUGUUUUCCAAGAGUUUAAGAAGACACCGAGUCACCGCGCUAAAUGCUAAUGCUAAUUCUAUGCUAACGCGAACGCUAUGCUAACGCUACAAGUUUAGAUCAGGAGUCCCCAAACUACGGCCCGCGGGCUCGUGGCCACAUUUGAUCCGGCCCCUGAACCCAAAAAAAUAAUUUUUUUUUUUCAAUUUUCUGGCUUUUUUUCUGUGAAGAACCCAGAGAGGGUUAUUUAUUUAAUUAUAUUAUCUAUUUAAUUAAUAGUGUUAUUAUUAUAUUAUUUUUAUUUUAUUUACAUUUGUUCCAUGAAGAAUCCAGAAAGAGUUAUUUGAUUGUGGCUUUCUGAAAAACAACACAUUUUUACAUUUAGGCACUCCUGCAAUCGUCACACCUUUUCUGUUACAAACUCACCCAGCCCUUCAUCAGAGAAGGGAGAAGUUAUGUGGCCCUACAGGAAAAAGUUUGGGGACCCCUGGUUUAGAGUGUGAUGAUCACUCCGUACCAAGGGCGUAGGUUUGGUCUCAACAUUGAUAGGGACGCUAUAACAGCAUAACCUGAAUGUACACUUUUUGCUGGGGACAGGACAUUAAUAAGACCAAACAGAUUGGGUACAGUUCUCAAAUAUAUCUCAAAUAUAGCUGGUUCCUAAGUAAAAAUGAAAGAAGGUUAAAAUAAAAUUAUUUUCAUGGGAGAAAGUCAUUUUUCAAAAUGCUUGCUUCAUAUAAAGGAAAUUUACAGUGGUUGUGUUUUUUUUUGGGGGGGGGGGUUUAAAAAAAUGUGCAUCGGCUGAGAACAAAAAUAUUUUUUAAUGAUAACAGAUAGAAAAUACAUUUUAAUUAGGGAAUAAAUGCAGAAAAUGCACAGUUGGAUUAACGUUAACAGUAGAAAACGUACAGGAAGACACCUCACUAAACAGCUUUCUACUCGAGUUUUACAGGCUAGCAAGUUCACACGGUUUAAUGUUAUGCUAACUCUGAUGCAGGUGGGACUUUCAGUUACAAAAUUAGUGGCGUGUUCCCCACCUUCACAACAAUGACGUCUUUUUACAUUACUUGGCUGCUGCUGGCUGAAAAAAAAACCUUCUAAUAUCCCUCCUCUUCAAAGGGGGCGGAGGAGGUGGCAUGUCGACAUGUAUUUAUGUUGGGAUUGUGUGAAUGUGGGGGUUCAAGUCAUCAGCCAAUCAAACGUGCGUUUGAAGGGGAAAAAAAUGGACCAGCAAAUUCAAGUGAAGGGGUAAAUGUAAGUCUGAACAUAAUGUAGGAUCAAUUCUAUCCUUACAAUUUAUGGGAAGACAAUCUAAAUUACCUAUAUAAGUUAACUCAUUAUAUAAUGCAAAUAAGGUUGCUUAAAAGUCGGUGGGGACAAUUUCAGCAUCCCUAAAAGUUGGUAGUGUUAUGUCCCUACCGUCCCUACGCAAACCUACGCCCUUGCUCAGCACAGACCUUUAAAGGCUAAAACAAUAUGGCAUAUCUAGCCAAGAUAAGAAAGCAAAACUUACCAAGGAGCACCUGACAUGUUUCACAAAAUGAGCCUGGAAUGGGCACUGACUUACGUUGGUGUGUAAGCGUGCGUGUGUUUAGGAGGCGCAGCACGUCAUAUGAUUGAUACGACCAAACACUGCUAAAUGCGUUCUAACUACACAUACAAUAAGAAAAUAUCACAAAUUGUGAAUUUAUGGUGGAAACUAUGGCGAAUUUUCCUCUCGUUCUUGUGUUGUCAGACGACAACUGGCAUCCAUCUUGUUAUGUUUUAGUCUCCCAAGACAUGUUUUCAGCGCGACAUCGUCAUGAAAAAAAUUGUUCGUUGACGAAAUAUUUUCGUUAUCGUCAUCGUUGACGAACACAAAACUGUUUGGCAGCUAUUAUUGUUUGAAUUUCAUGGUUGGAAAUAUCUUUCUCCAAUAGAGGACACUCAUGCUCUUUAGACGGGUGAUGUUUCAUUUCUAUAGAUUUUUCUCAUCGGAAUUCAAUACUUUUUGUGUAAUUUUUUGGGCCUGAUAUUAUUUUGAAGUGACACUACUCUUACUUGUUUUUAGCUGUGCUACCCACCUCUGCUGUAAAUGCACAAAGUUGCAAUGCACAAGAAUUAUAAGAUGUCAAUAAUUAACUAAACAUGAUGAUGAAUAUGUAAAAUAGAGGGAGAGAGGAUCAACAGUUUGUGUGUUCAUGUUAUCAACUGUUAUUCAUAAAGAUAGGAUUACUCUUUUUGAGAGGGGUAUAAAAAUCAGUUUAGGAGAUCAUCUGCUAAAGUACAAAAAUAUAUGAAAUCUGUGAUUGUCAAUGCAAAAUGUGUCAUUGUUGGCUCCACCAACUCAAACCAAUUUGAUUGUUUUUUCCACAAUAACCAAAUGUAUAAUGAAGGUAUAUAAAUGACAAAGAAAUGUAUUUAGACUGCUAGUCAGUUUGAAUGUUUUCAAAUGAUAAUUCACCUUCCAAAUCAUACAUUUUUGUAACAAAUGUAAUUCCAUCUAUUGUACUGUAUUUAUAAUUGUAUUGUAAACUAAUAGACAAAACAGCAAUAUAAUUUAUUUUAUGUA